UUUUUUAAAAAAAAUCCCCUGCUUAGGAUCACCGGCGUGCUCCACCAUGUCAGACACAGCCGUGGACACCAGCUCCGAGAUCACCACCAAGGACUUAAAGGAGAAGAAGGAAGUUGUGGAGGAGGCAGAGAAUGGAAGAGAUGCACCUGCGAAUGGAAAUGCUAAUGAGGAAAAUGGGGAGCCGGAGGCUGACAAUGAGGUAGAUGAAGAAGAGGAAGAAGGAGGGGAGGAGGAGGAAGAGGAAGAGGAAGGUGAUGGUGAGGAAGAGGAUGGAGAUGAAGAUGAGGAGGCUGAGGCAGCUACAGGUAAACGGGCAGCUGAAGAUGAUGAGGAUGCCGAUGUUGACACCAAGAAGCAGAAGACUGAUGAAGAUGACUAGACAGCAAAAAAAGGAAAAGUUAAAGGCCUGCGUGACCUAUUCACCCUCCACUUCCCGUCUCAGAAUCUAAACGUGGUCACCUUCGAGUAGAGACUCCCGCCCGCCUGCCCA